UUUGUUUAUCAUCCACAUGUUUCGCUUCUGUUACAUCUGGGUCAACGCCUGCCCUGCAGGAGUGGGGAGGUUUGUUUGGCUGUUGGAUAGGAAUACAAGCAUCAGCAACAGCCUGUGUUGUGUUGCAGCUUCGAUCUCAUUGACCGAGUAGUCAAGUUCAUUAAACCUGGGACAGACAGGUCACACGCUAACUCAUCUUAGGGUUGAACGGUCAGCGUGACGGUGCCAGCAUGCACUCCUGUGAGCCGGACUGUAGCAGACAGCUGCACUGGGCGGACAUCCUGGUCUUCUCAGCCGUGCUGGUCAUCUCGGCUGGCAUCGGACUCGUCUACGCCAUCAGAGCCAGGAAAACCUCGGCAGAGGAGCUGUUUGUUGGAGACCGGAAACUGCCCGUACUUCCGGUGAUGUUCUCCCUGAGCGUCAGCUUCGUCUCGGCCGUGUCCAUCCUAGGGGUGCCCUCAGAGAUCUACACAUCCGGCAGCGACUACUGGAUGGUGGGCUUCGGCUACAUCUGGGGGCUGGGGCUUGCUGGGGUACUGGUCCUUCCGGUCAUCUACAGACUACAGCUGACCAGUGCUUAUGAGUACCUAGAGCUGAGGUUCAACAGACCUGUCAGGCUAAUGGCGUCCUUCACGUUUAUCUUCAUGAUGAUCUGUUACAUGGCCAUAGUUAUCUACGCCCCAGCGCUAGCUCUGAGCUCAGUGACCGGCCUGUCGACAGAGAUUUCCAUCCUUGCCGUGGGUCUGGUGUGUACGGCAUACACAGCUCUGGGUGGCAUCAAAGCUGUCAUCUGGACAGACGUGUUCCAGACACUGGUCAUCACCUCUGGACUUCUGGCACUCAUCGUCCGCGGCACCGUCCAGGUGGGCGGGGUCUCGGCUGUUGUGGACAGGGUGGUCAAUGGGAGCAGGGCUGCUACUUACCCAAUGGACUUUGACCCCUUUAUACGUCACACCUUCUGGACCCUAACCGUGGGGGGUGGGUUUGGGAUGGUUGCCAUCUACGCGGCCAACCAGGCAACCCUGCAGCGCUAUCUGUGUGUGGAGACCCUCAACAAAUCCAGGCUGGUGCUACUGUUGAAUAUCCCACUGUCCGAGUUUUUCCUGGCCCUGAUGUGUCUGUGUGGGCUGGUCAUGUUCGCCUACUACCACGGGAGGGACCCUCUACUGACCGGCAGGGUCAAGAAACGUGACCAGCUCCUGCCGCUGUUCGUGAUGGAUCUGUUGGGUGACCUGCCCGGCAUGCCGGGACUCUUCAUCGCUUGUGUCUUUAGUGCUGCACUCAGCACCGUAUCUUCAGGCGUCAAUUCUCUGGCCACAGUUGCUGUUGAAGAUUUCCUGAAGCCCCUUCUUAUCAAACUUAAUGGCGCUUUACCAUCCACAAGAGUCAUGUCCUUCAUAGCUAUUGGCACAGCCUUGACCUUUGGCCUGCUGACCAUCGGGGCAGCCUACGUGACGGGGGCCCUAAGUCCGACCCUCAUCACCGUAGUGGUCAGUGUGCUAGGCAUGCUGGGGGGACCCCUGCUGGGCCUCAUGCUGGUCGGCCUUGUCUGCCCCUGGGUCAACCCGUGGGGAGCGGGUGCCGCCCUCUUGUCGAGUCUGACCAUCUGCAUGUGGACGGCCAUUGGUGCCAUAACCAAACCUCGAUCAGGGCCAGCUGAUAAUUCUACAACACACAACGUCUCAAGCAGGUUUGAUGUGAACGACUGGUACGAUUUGUCCUACCAACACUACGCCACACUUGCUGUGGUUGUGUCGCUCGUCAUAGGCAGCGUUGUGUCAUGGCUGACGUGCUGUAACAAGGGGAGAGAACUCCCAAGGGGAACUUACUACGAUGUAUUACGUCCCCUGAGAUGUGGCGGGACAGGUUCUUUCAAUCUGGCAGACACCAACACAAAAAGUCAGCCACAAGAUGAUCAGCAUCAGCAGUUUAAAAUGUCUACACUCGAUAAACCAGUUUUAUAAACUUGAUAAACCAGUUUUAUAAACUUGAUAAGUCAGUUUUAUAAACUUGAUAAGUCAGUGUUAUAAGCUUGACAAGUCAGUGUUAUAAACUUGAUAAAUCAGUGUUAUAAACUUGCUAAGUCAGUGUUAUAAACUUGAUGAAUCUGUUUUAUAAACUUGAUAAAUCAGUGUUAUAAUAAUGACAUUUUUAUACUGUCAAGAGAAACUGCCCUGACUAUUGAGCUCUAGACAUACAAACUGUACAGCUCACACUAAAUUGCCCCAUGAACCAUAGUAGCACAAAUGUGUACAUAUUGUUUAUAUGACCUUGUUAUGCUCUGAAUGUAUUGGAUGUAUAUCACUACCCAGCUGAUCAGUGUCAAGUAGUUGAAACAACCAGCUGGUGUGAGGGCAGGCUAGGAGGUUUUGAUCCAUCCCAGUCAGGCAAUCAUGUUUUUCAUAUUCACAUGUAAAAGGAUUAGAGUAUUUAGAGGGUAUUGUAAAAACAUUGUUAACCCGAAGCACAGAAGGUUUACAUGUGUUGAAGGUGGUAUUUUAACUGUUCUAGUGAGUUUAAUGUUCUAGGAUGUCAUGUUUAUGAUGUGAUGUUCUAGGAUGUCAUGUUUAUGAUGUGAUGUUCUAGGAUGUUAUGUUUAUGAUGUGAUGUUCUAGGAUGUUAUGUUUAUGAUGUGAUGUUCUAGGAUGUUAUGUUUAUGAUGUGAUGUUCUAGGAUGUUAUGUUUAUGAUGUCAUGUUCUAGGAUGUUAUGUUUAUGAUGUGAUGUUCUAGGAUGUCAUGUUUAUGAUGUGAUGUUCUAGGAUGUCAUGUUUAUGAUGUGAUGUUCUAGGAUGUUAUGUUUAUGAUGUGAUGUUCUAGGAUGUCAUGUUUAUGAUGUGAUGUUCUAGGAUGUCAUGUUUAUGAUGUGAUGUUCUAGGAUGUUAUGUUUAUGAUGUGAUGUUCUAGGAUGUUAUGUUUAUGAUGUGAUGUUCUAGGAUGUCAUGUUUAUGAUGUGAUGUUCUAGGAUGUUAUGUGUAAAAUUGUCAUGUUCUAGGAUGUGAUCUUAUGAUGUUAUGAUGUGAUUUUCUAGGAUCUAGAAUGUCAUGUGUAAAAUUGUCAUAUUCUAGGAUGUCAUGUUUAUGAUGUAAAUCUUCUAGGAUGUGAUAUCAUAAUGUGAUGUUGUGAUGUUCUAGGAUGUCAUGUGUAAAAUCAUUAUGUUCCAGGAUGUAAUUUUUUAUUAUAUGAAUCUUCUAUUAAGAUCUGGUACAGUAGUUUAUUAAAUAGCUAAUCUGAAACUGCUGACUGUAAAAAUUAAAAAAUAUUGCAAUUUUCUUUUAAGCUAUUUUUCUUUUCUUCUUCUCUCUCUCUCUCUUUCUCUCUCUCCCCUCCCCCUCUAUUCCUACAGGAAUGUAAACACAGCUUAAAUAAUAAAAGCAAAAUAUUUUUUUAUUGAGCUUAUAUAACAAAUCAAAUAUAGCUGAUCAUGUUAGUACUUAUUGAAAACAUAUCCAAAUAAACUAGCAGUGAUGACCAAUA